AUGGUGGGGUGCGCACGGGAAACGGUUGUUACUGGAUUUGCGUGCUUUGGCGCUGCGAUUGCGCUGUGCAUUGCGUUGUAUUUUGUGUACCUUUUCCUAGAAAUCCACGUACUGUCCGGUACCUCGCUCACCAAGUACGGUGCGAACAAGAAGAGUCGCGGCACGGGUUCCUGGGCGUUAGUCACGGGUGCCACGGACGGUAUAGGCCGUGAGUUUUCCGUGCAGCUGGCCCAGAAUGGGUUCAACAUUGUGCUGGUGAGCCGCACGGUAGAAAAGCUCGUUGCGCUCGGCGCGGAUAUCGAGUCCAAGUACCCCGGCACCAAGACGGCGCACUACGCCAUGGACUUUGCUGUCGCCACUCCUGCACAGUACGAGGAGCUUGCGAAGCUUACGAGCCACCUGGACGUGGCCGUGCUGAUUAACAAUGUGGGUCUCUCGCACGCCAUGCCCGUCCCUUUCAUUGAGAUGGACCCUGUGGAGAUGAACAAGAUUGUCAUGGUCAACAUUGUCGCUACGCAGCACGUCACGCGCAUUUUUGCGCCACGUCUUGCGCGCCGCAAAGCGGGCCUGAUCCUUAACUUAGGCUCCUUUUCCGGCCAAUGGGCUACGCCAUUGCUGACUACCUACGCCGGUUCCAAAGCAUUCCUGAUUGCCUGGUCCCAGGCGCUCGGCGAGGAGCUCCGCCACGAGAAUGUCGACGUCCAGCUGCUCAACACCUUCUUUGUAGUUAGCAGCAUGUCCAAGGUGCGCCGCCCGUCGGCAAUGGUGCCUAUGCCCAAGUCCUACGUCCGCGCCGCCUUGCAGCGCAUCAACCGCAGCUCAGGCGCAUUGGGCCGUCCCUACACACUCACGCCAUGGCCCGUGCAUGCGUACGUGGACUGGAUCACAAACUACAUUGUCCCCCGUGGAUUCCUGCUGCGCAAGGCCUACAGCACCAGCUUGGAUACGCGCCGCCGCGCGAUUCGCAAAGCGGAGCGCGAGCUCAAAGCGCUCUAG